CUUAGUUUUCUCUCGACUGCUGCACUGUGCGAUCGGCAACAAUAGUCCCGUUCAGAGUGUAAAAUUAGCUACACGCGCAUGUCGCCUUCCAAUGGAAGUGAAACAUAGCAAUAUGGCUCGCUUACUUCGCCGACUCUAUUUGCCGUCCAUGUAAAAGGACACAUUGCAAGCAUCGACUCUUCACUAUGGUGGGCGAUUGCACCACACCAGAGGAGCCCCCAAAUGGAGCACACCGAGGAGAAGCCAUCAAAGCAAUCCUUUGUGACCGCGGAUCGUCCAAUCGAACCGACCGAUUGUGCGAAAGUGCCCCUAUGGAUAGCUGCUGGAACGUACCGGUGGCCAUGGCCGCUGCAGCGUUCCUUGUCUGCAUGCCGUGGUCGUGGUUUGGCCUUUUAUUCGUGUUCUUCAUGGAGAAGUUCGACAUCACGAGGGAGAUGGCGUCCUGGCCGAAAAGCACCGCAUCCAUGCUGAGCCACAUUUCAGGACUGGCAGUCUACGCCCUUCAACGAUGCAGCAAAACCUACUAUAUCGUGUUACUGAGCACCAUUCUUUGUUCAGCGGCUUUUGUUUUGUCGGCAUUUGCAUCGAACAUAUUGUGGAUGACAAUGACUUUCGGCGUGAUGCAUGGCUUAGGCCAUGGAAUCUUCGUCACGUCGUCCUCCAUAUACACGCUUCUCCACUUCGAGAAGUACCGCGCCAUUGCCAUAUCAUUAGGCUCCCUUUCGUACGGGGUAUCGGCGAUCAUCAGCCAGUUCGUGCUGGCUUACCUCGUGGAACUUUAUGACCUCGAUGGAGCUCUGCUAGUCUACGGUGGAGUGCUUCUAAACUCUACCGCCAUUGUUAUGCUAGCAAAGAACCCUCGGGGACUCGGAUGUUCUUGGAAAGCAAGAAAGUCCCAACCUCUGCUCAAGGCGGGCCUCAACCCAAGGCGUUAUGAGUCUACCAAUCAGCACAACGCUACCCGACAAAGCCCAGACGAACUACAAGGCCUACAUUUGCCAGAAAAGAAGGUACUACUGGAGAGCUGUACCGUAAAGCAAGCUCUGGCACUGCUACACACGCCAGCGUUCUACGUUCUGCUGGUGACUGUCGUUGUCGGAGAUUACACGUAUCUGGAAUUCUCGGCGACAGUCGUGGACUACGGCAUCGAUAAAGGCAUAGCCCUGGACAGCGCCAAGCACCUGAUAACGUUCAGUGCGGUUGGUCAGCUUGUGGGCCGUUUGGUGGUGCCUCUUCAGGCAGACUUCGCACCCUUCACGCGGCGACUUCUCUACACCCUUAGCUUUCUGACCAUUUCUUCCUGCAUGGUGACAUUGCCAUACGUUUCUACACCUUCGACCAUAUUUGCGCUGGCAACUGUAACAGGAGUGUCACAGGGAUAUGUAAUAUGCAUCAAGUACGUGUUCCUUGCGGAAUACCUUGGCGUCGAACGGACGGCUGCUGCAAUCGGCAUCAUCGGCAUCUUUAUGACGCCGGUGUUUCUGGUCAGCCCAACAAUUUUACGGCAAUUUCGCGACGUUUCGGGAUCAUACGAUGGCUACUACCUGCUCAUGGGCGCCGUCAGCUUGGUGGCUGCUGUGCUCUUUGCGACACACGAUGCCUGCAGCCAAAGAAGGACACAGUGGAUACACUGCCUUACAAACAAGCCUCCUGCCCGCCACGCAACAUAAAUCUCUACCUAUCAAAGCGGAUUCGUUCUUUACAUUGGUACCCGACAGCUUCAUAAUGACAUGAAGGUUUCUCAAGCGACAGGUAAAUUGCGCAAUUGAUCUCCUACAAAAAGUAGUCAUGCGUCUUCUUCGAGACUUAUCCGAAAAUAUGGAGACCAUAUAAAAGUAUUUAUGGAUGCAUCGGUAAGCAGCGACGCUCUAGGCGCUGCAGCAGCUUUCUUCUACCGUUCUACUGACAUAGAAGGAUGUUUCGAAUACCUCAUCCAUCCUCAUCAACAACUCCUGAGCUGCAGCGAUUGAUGUUGCUCUGAAGUACGUACAGGAAGGAAUAAGCACAUCGAAGUUCGUCAUUCUUACAGACUCCCGUGCUGCCCUUAGCAGGCUGUUGCGAAAAAUCAGCACACAACUUGAAUUCUCUCAAAUGGACUCGGCGUUAGCGCAUCUCCUGGAGACUAACCACGCUCUCCCGGAGACGUGGAAAACGCAGCAAUUAAAUCAACGACUACAAGCAAAACUAACGUCAGUAAACAAGGACAUAUAGUGGUAUUCCAGACAGCUGGCCCGGCAACAGUGCCACGAGACGUGCAACGAAACGGACGGUCGCGUCAGCAGAGGUAUUAUGUAGAAUCCACUUAAAAGCCACCUCAAAGAAAAAAAGUGCAGGAUUGCGUUAAAUCUCGCCAUCGAAAGGCUCCUACAUAAGCAGGUCAUCUCGGGCCUCCCAAACUAAGUAAUUGUAAACGACCUGGCGCGAGCCUACCUACCCAUCAAGGAAGGAAAUUCGCAAGGCAGAAACGCGAGAGCGGCAUACACGGGGCUAGAUGGACCAUAAUGAGACGAACCUUUCACAAUUUAGGAAAUUACACGUACUCUUCAACUUAAAUGAAAAAUCGGCCUCAGGGCCAUACGGGGUUAACAACAAACACAUCCGGAACCUGACCGACAAGUCCAUCGAAAUCCUAACGGCAGAAAUAAAGGAGGGGUGUAGCUCGAGGCAGGUCCAUUCGGAAUGGUGCACAGCUAAGAUGGCGCUCAUCCCCAAACCUCGGAAACCUCCACACAUAAAUAACGUGGGUCCCAUCUCUCUAACAUCAAGCAUUUGCACAGUGGCCGAACAUGCAGUACACGACAGAAUCGUCGAACACAUAGAAAACCAGGAACUAUUUAGGUGUAAUUUAAUAGGCUUUAGAAAAGGACUCUCCACGCAGCACGCACUGCUUCUUCUGAAAAGAUCCAUUUUAGAGAACGAGACGCGGGACUUCCGUGGAAUCAUUGCACUCAACCCCGCUGAGCGCUUUGAUAAGGUGGCUCACGAACAAAUCUUGAACGAAAUUCACUCUCUCAACCUAGGGAGGAUGGACUUUAAUUUCACUCUCUUAUUUCUAUCAGAAAAAAAGCGUUCCUUCGACUUGACACGAUGUCGGGCGGUCCUUACGAACUGGGCAACUGCGGAACUCCCAGGGUUUGCUCCUCGGCCCACUACUAUUCAAUAUCAACAUGCAUAAACUCUGCGAAAGGCUGGCGAACUUACAAAAUAAGCCACGCAAUCUAUGCAGGCGACAUCACAAUCUUGAUGAGGAUAGCUAUAGGGGCCUGUUGGCACGGCAUAUCGUAUUUUGUUGUAGCGCACACUGAAGUGUGCGUCAGAUGUGCUUUUCUGUUGUCCUUGUUCAGCUUGCGUUACAACAAAAUAAGAUCCAAAUGUCGCCCCGGGGAGGAUCUCUGGUCGAUCUAGAGCAAUCCGUCCAGGCGGUCAUAGAGGUAACGGAAGAAUUUCUUACAUGCACGGAUCUCAAGCUUUCACCGACCAAAUCCGAACUCCUCCUUUACAAGCAGUCAAGGCAGAGCGUUAGGAACCUCGAGCCUCUGGAAACGCUGCCAGACGAAAUUACGACACGAGAAGGGCACCCCAUUCCGAUGGUGAACUUCAUCAAAAUUUUUGGACUUCUAAACAGCGCCAAAGGCUGUAAUGCAGAAGCUCUGAACAAGCUAGGCGCACAAAUGAACAAUCUACAAAGACUCAUCACUACAACCACAAACAGAAGGGGAGGACUGAAGGAGGACAACCUACUCAGGGUCCUCGAAGCUUUUUUCACCAGUCAUAAUAGUUACACGGCACCAUUCCUCAAAUGGAGCUAAAUCGAAAACAACAAACUCACACGCUCGUCAGACCCAGGGUCAAAAGAAUACGAGGUAUUCCACAGUACGCCAGCACGGUAAAACUGCUCGAACUCGGCAUUCACAAAACCCCAGACGAAUAAUUCGGAGCACAGUUUAAUGCACAGAUCAAUAGUAUUUCGUCAACUAAGUCGGUCUUUAGGAUUCUUGAAGAAGCUGGUUUACACCCUAUACAGACACUGCUUGGGAGCUACCCCUUUCUAAUUUAGCCCGGGAGGAAAUAAAGCUAGAGUGCGUAUCGAAGAACAUUCACUCGACAUAUAACGAAUGUCGCAGAAGAGCACGGGCUUGAACCAUCCUUCAACGAAUUGAUCCUUACGGGGCAAUACAUUCUUCGUCGAACGCACCAAGUACAGCUGCCAAGACAGGUUUUCAGUCUCGGUUGUUGACGCGGGCGGAGUACUUAUCAGUGCCGCGUGAAUCUACACUAAGCACGUGUACGAGGUGGAGGAAACCGCGAUAGCCUUGGCUCCUCAAGCCGCAAAAGGCCCGACGACCACUUUCUCUGACUUGCGCAAGGCGAUGAGAGCUUUCUCGUCCGCUCUGGUUUCUAAACACGCAGCCGGCAUCGUCAGCAGACGCUUUUGUAGUACUACGGACCAGGAAUUUGGAGGGCAUAGUAUAGCGUGGUUCGCGGCACACGUGAACGACAUAACUAACUCUAGCGCGUGAGCCAACUGCCUGGCGCGUGAAUUGACGAACUGCGCCCGAGCUAAUAGUCCGGCACUCCGACAGGACUGCAAGUUCGAAAAUCCACUUACCACCUAUCACUCAAUUACGACGCAUUACAGACAAGGCAGUAGGAAAUUCCCUCCCACCGCCAGCCCAUAACUGAAUAGGGCUCAGGCUUUCAGACUUUCUGGCUGUUACAGACAAGAUCAUACCUCAGCGCCAGAGCACUUAGUUGGGUAGACCCCAACUUCCUGAAGUCAUGCUCCAAAUUCGGUAACGCAUGCUGCUUCUUCGACCAGGUGUUCUGGUUGUGCCCUUACAACGUGUGUUCCGAACUUCGAUAUAAGUCCAAGUGGAACGCCUUGUUGAAGAGCUCGCAAUUCGCACACCAACUACAGGUCGUCCAGAGGGCCCGCAACGUCGCAGAGUCCCCACCUCCCGGUCCCGUCGUCGGCGAAGCAACCAUGAAAGGGGGGCCUUCGACUCCCGCUAGUCAACUUCCUCAGGACACUACAAUAAAGUUCUUGUUAAUACUGGC